AUGGAUGAUAUUCACAGAAUGAACGAAGAACUGCCUUAUUUAGAUGCUGUUGUGAAUGAAAGUUUGAGAUUGAUACCGCCAUUGGGAAUGUUGAAUCGUUUGACAUGUAGUGAUGAAGGCAACAAACAUAGUUUCCAACUCGUGAAUGGUUUGAAAAUUCCCAAAAACUACUCAGUUUCACUCUCGAUUAAAGCCAUUCAUUGCAAUCCUGAAAUAUGGGGUGAGGAUUGUGAACGAUUUGUACCUGAACGAUGGAUUCAAAUGAAACAGCCACCAAUGACAAUGCCAUCGUCGUCCUCGUACGGUACCACCUCUCCUUCUUCGGUACAUUCUCCCACUGGUAUUUCCCCAGCUAUUGAAUUGCCUCAAACUUCAGAAAUUUUCAAUAUGGGAGAAUCCAUUCCACCCAUGACAAAGAAGGAAGAGAAAUUGAUUCCAACUGAAGAUGAAAAACAAAGAAAUCAAUCCUGGUGCAGCAACAAACUCCAACGAGUGCCUCAGCUGCUUCCUCGAUGA